GGGGCCCUGAGGGCUGGUUGCCUUUCCCACCCGUUCCCAAGAACAACCAGUGGCUGAAAUAAUUAGAAAAAAUAAUCUUAUCAAUUACAACGAAAGGGAAGAUCAGAGGCAGAGGGUGCAUUGAGUGGCCUUUCAUUUCGGAUUUCCUGCCAGGGUGGGCAACGAAGCAGCCCUUUGAAACAACUUUUAGGCAACGUGGAAGAAAUGUCAAAGCAGGGCUACAGUUGAACAUGAAGAAGACCCAGAUCACAAUUACAAGAAGCACUAGGCCGCUUUAAGAUUGGCAGUGAAGAAACUCACCUUGUUAGAGGGUUUUUUUUUUAAAUCAUCAAUCAGAAUGCAGGGGAACCUGCUGCCCAAAAAUCUGAAUAAGACAAGAAGAGACUCAGCAGGGCAGCAAGGAAAGAGCUACAAAAGUUCUUCACAUGUAAGGAUGCCUCACCCAAGACCAAAGCCAAGACCAUCCAUGCUUUUGUAUUUCCGCUCGCCAUGGAUGAGUGUGGACGGUUAAAAGAGCUGACUGGGAGGGGGAAAUUGGUUUUAAAUGGGAUGCUGGAAGACUGCUGUGCUGAUAACCUUGGGCUGCCAGAAAGAUGAACGACACCCAGCCGGCUCCUGCCUACUCUCACCCUCCUGUGGCAGCUGCUUAUGCUGUCCAGCCGACGCCGGGGGUGGAGCACGCUGUAGCGCCCGCCUACCCUCUGGCCAUGCCGGCUGCCCGGCCAGCAGCACCCAUGGCUUACGGGGGUUACCAGCCCCCUUCCGUGCAGGACUACAGUUACGGGACCCGACCACCAGAGCUCACCCCCCAGCCAGCCAUGACUCAAAGCUAUCAGCAGGAUGGCUACAGUUACGGCCGGUCCCCAGCAGCCAGCAGCUACGAGGCCAAGCCGUACUACCAGGCAGUGGUCACUCAGCCACAGCACAGCGCCACGGACUCAUACUACCACUCCAACUCCCAGAGCAGCUACAGCCAGCCAGUGGCCGCGUACAACCCGAGCCAGCCUCAGCGUCAAGUGACCCCUGUCAAGCUGGUCCCAGCGGUGAACACCACCUCUUCCAACUACGGUGCUUACCUGGCCGUCACGACAAGCCAGCAGAACCUCCCGCCGCCCUCCGUCCCGUCGUAUGCCCCUGCUUCUUCCUACGCCCCGGCCGCCACCACCUACAAUGCUUCCCCUGCUUCCUAUGCUGCAUCAAACUACUCCUCUUACGACACUGGGGCCUAUACCGCAGCAAACACCUCCUCCUAUUACCAGCCUUCUCAGCACCAGCUCAUGCCCCCGCUCCCGCAGCCGCCGCCACCGCAGGCAAAGCCCACGUGGGGCGGGGCGGGGGGCACAAGCACCCACUCCCCUGCCACCAGCAGCUACGUCAAGAAGCCCCCCUUUCCGAGCAAGCCGCCAAAGGCCAAAGGCCCCCCGAAGCCCCCUCAGCUUCACUACUGCGAAAUCUGUAAGAUCAGCUGCGCGGGGCCCCAGACUUACCGGGAGCACCUUGAAGGGCAGAAGCACAAGAAAAAGGAGGCGGCCGUGAAGGCGGGCAGUCAGGCGGGCGGGAGCGGCCCCCGCGGGAUCCAAGCCCAGCUGCACUGUGAGCUGUGUGACAUCUCCUGCACAGGAGUUGAUGCUUAUGUGGCCCACAUCCGGGGGGCAAAGCACCAGAAGGUCCUCAAGCUCCACACAAAGCUAGGCAAACCCAUUCCUUCUGCCGAGCCCACACUGGCCAACGUUUCCUCUGCCUCAGCCAAUGGUGUGGCCGGCAAGCCAGUUCCGGACACCGCCCUGGCCUCCGUCGCACCGGCAAAGUCGGCCCCGGGGGUCACUGGCAGCGGCGCCGCCAUAGCCUCCAACAAGCCGACGCCGGCCCGGAAGCCACCAAAGCUGGUCUUUACAGGAGCAGCGGCAAGGCAGGAGCCUAUUACAAGACCAGAAGAGGUGAAAGGCGCACCCCCCAAAGUAGACCCGCCUGCGGAAGAGCAGCCCCCACUCAACAGUGUCGGGGACAGCCUGGCAGACCUGCUCGACGUGCAGCCAGUAGGCCACCAUUACGUGGAAGAGGUGCUCAGUGACAAGGGAAAGAUGGUGCGAUUCCAUUGUAAGUUGUGUGAAUGCAGCUUCAAUGACCCCAACGCCAAGGACAUGCACCUGAAGGGGCGCCGGCACCGGCUGCAGUACAAGAAGAAAGUCAACCCGGAGCUGCCGGUGGAGGUCAAGCCCAGCAACCGAGCCCGGAAAAUGCAGGAAGAGAAGCUGAAAAGCCAGCAGCUCCGGGCCCUGGCGAGGCGGCGCCAGGUGGAAGAGCAGCGUUGGCACCUGGAAAUGAGGCGCUACGAACAGGAGAUGUACUGGAAGCGGGUGGAAGAGGAGGAAUUCUUCUGGGCCGAGCAGCAACGGCGCCACCUGGCCGUGGAUUGGCACCCUCCGCCCCUCAUGGGCAGGCCUGGUGUGCCUGUCCCCCCUCUCUUGCCCGCACGGCGGCCCACCUCGUCCGACGACCGGCACGUCAUGGCGAAGCACGCCAGCAUCUACCCGACCGAGGAGGAGCUCCAGGGCAUCCAGAAGGCCGUCUCGCACUCAGAGCGGGCCCUAAGGCUCGUCUCCGAUUGGCUGACGGAACAGGAAGCCGGGAAGGAGGAAGCGAGCCACGAAGAUGGGAAGGCGGACAAUCCGCCCCGGCUCCUGAAAGGGGUCAUGAGGGUCGGUAUCCUGGCCAAGGGACUCCUCCUCCGUGGAGAUAGGAGGGUUCAUCUCAUCCUGCUCUCGGCCCAGAAGCCCACGCUGGGCCUCCUCCAGAGCGUGGCCGAGCAGCUGCCCAAGCAGUUGGAGAAAGUGACGAGCGAUCCUUACGACGUGGUGGCUGAGGUGGAGGAAGCCGGCUUGGUCAUUGCCUCGUGCAAGGAGCCCAAAAUGCAGGUCACCAUCUCUCUCACUUCUCCGCUAAUGAGGGAAGAAGCCUCAUUCGAGGCAGAAGCCGCUUCAGAACCUCAGCCUGACUCCGACAAGAUCCUCAACAAGGAGAAGUGCCAGGAGUCUUUGGCCGCUCUUCGCCACACAAAAUGGUUCCAGGCCCGAGCCAACGGCCUUCAGUCAUGCGUCGUCAUCAUCCGGGUCUUACGAGACCUUUGCCAGCGCGUGCCAACCUGGGGCGCUCUUCCGGGAUGGGCAAUGGAGCUCUUAGUCGAAAGAUCUCUGAGCAGCACCACCGGGCCGCUGGGUCCCGCAGAAGCCCUGAGGCGGGUCCUGGAGUGUGUCGCCUCCGGGAUUCUUCUUACAGAUGGUCCAGGGCUUCAAGACCCCUGUGAGAAGGAGCCGCUCGACGCCUUACGAGGCCUGUCCCGGCAGCAACGGGAGGACAUCACCGCCAGCAGCCAGCACGCUUUGCGGAUGUUGGCCUUCCGUCAGAUUCACAGGAUCCUCGGCGUGGAGCCCUUGCCGCUGCCGAGGAACCGCCUGGGCGCACCAAGCCGGAAGAGGAGGUGGGGCACGGACGAAGCGACGGAGGGUGAGGGGGACGGAAAGAAAGACAAGAAAGAGGAUGAUGAUGACGACGCCACCAAGGCCGGGGUUUAACCACUGUGGCAGGACUGUGUUUGUGUGACAUGACUUUUUAUAUGAAAAAAAACAAAUAUAUAUAUAUAUGUAUACAUACACGUAUAUGUAUAUGUAUAU